AUGGCUUUGGCUUCUUCUUUUAUUUGUUUCCUUCUAUCUCUUCUUCUGAUGUUAGUUCAGGCAAAGGGAAGAAAUGAUUCGACGUGUCCAAAGUCCUUUUCAUGUGGAAAUUUUACUGACCUUACAUUUCCAUACUCUCUUUCCACACAACCUGACUGUGGAAUAAUGCUCUUAUCUGGUUGUGAUGCUGAAACAUAUCCAAGAAUCAAAAUGCUUCCUGAAGGAGGUUGGUACUAUGCUUUAGAGAUGCAUAAUUCAUCAGUUUGGCUUGGGGACACGAAGCUUCAAACAAUGUUGACGCAACACAAGUGCCAAACUUUCAACAAAAAUUUCUCCCUUCCAAACUCUCCUUUUAUGUUUUUCCAAAUGGUUAAUAUUAAUAACUUCUUCAAAUGCAUCAGUACCAGUAAUAAUGCCCGUAACACUACGCAGAAGAUGAACGGUCAUUUUGUGGGUUAUAAUAUGUACAGUGGCUGUGAAGACUUUAGCAUAUACUACAAGCCUUCCCAAAAUGAUGAUGAAUACAUAGGAGCAGACAAUCUUCCUACCAACUGUUCACUUAUCAGAUUGCCGGUUCACUCGUUUCAUGGUGAUUUGUUCAACGUGUUAGGUCCUGAAAUUCUUGUAGAAUGGAAACUGUCUGAUGAAUGUACCGAAUGUCAUUAUGGUGGAGGUCAAUGCCGGACUGAUAACACCAACCAAUUUUCUUGUCACAAAGGUAGACAUUUCCGUAUAUGUACUAGUUAA